UUCUUUUUUUUCCCGAAGCAUCAGUCGAUCACAAGACAAAUGCUUUGAAUUGGUCUUUGCGUCACACAUGAACAAAGUAGUAACAGUAUAUCUUAUCUUAAUGGGUUCUCAGAUUCUUAAAAUCUCACCUUUUGCUUCUUCAACACCUCUAAUUUUCAACUCCACCACCCCGUUCUUGAGAUUCCAAGCCAAAAGAGUUGUCACCCAACUCAGAUUCUCAUCAUCAAAGCCUCUCAUUUCAUCAUCAUCAUCAUCAUCUGAAUUUGGGUUUGUUCCUUCAAGUAAGAGGGGGUUCAAAAGUGGGGUUGUUGCUAUGGCUACACCAGGGUCUGUUCAGAAAUCAGAAGAGGAUUGGCGUGCAGUUCUCUCCCCUGAACAAUUCCGUAUUCUAAGACAGAAAGGCACCGAGUAUCCAGGUACUGGAGAAUAUGACAAGUUUUUUGGUGAAGGAGUCUACCAAUGUGCAGGAUGUGGCACUCCCCUCUACAAGUCCACAACAAAAUUCAACUCAGGCUGUGGCUGGCCAGCUUUCUUUGAGGGUCUUCCUGGAGCAAUUAAUCGCACUGCUGACCCUGAUGGCAGGAGGAUCGAGAUUACUUGUGCAGCUUGUGGUGGCCAUCUUGGUCAUGUUUUCAAGGGUGAGGGGUUCCCUACCCCAACUGAUGAGCGCCAUUGUGUCAAUAGUGUUUCCCUCAAGUUUACACCAGCAAAUUCUUAAUCCAUCGCACUUGGGAUGUGAUGGUUAUUAUCACAGCUUUAUAUCUCUCUUAUAGUUUAUGUAGAUGCUAUGUUAACUACUGAUGACAGUGUUGUGUUUCGGAAAUAAAAGUUACUUUUACUCU